CAGGAGAGAAAGCCAGAUAGAUAGAAGAGAAUUGAAAAUUUGAAACGCUUAAGUGUGUGACAGUUGACACCAAUCUCAAUUUUGAAUCCCAAUCUGAAUCUGAGAUAAAUGGGGAUACUCUAUGCCUUGGUGGCACGUGGAUCGGUGGUGCUGGCGGAGUUCUCCGCCACCUCCACAAACGCCAGCGCCAUCGCCAAACAGAUUCUCGACAAGAUCCCGGGCACCAACGACACCCACGUCUCUUACUCUCAGGAUCGAUACAUCUUCCAUCUCAAGCGCACCGAUGGCCUCACCGUUCUCUGUAUGGCCGACGACACCGCCGGAAGGAGACUUCCUUUUGCAUUUCUUGAGGAAAUUCAUCAGAGGUUUGUGAGAACUUAUGGACGUGCAGUUCAUUCAGCUCAGGCUUAUGGGAUGAAUGAUGAGUUCUCAAGGGUUUUGAGCCAGCAAAUGGAAUAUUACUCUAAUGAUCCUAAUGCCGAUAGGAUCAAUAGACUCAAAGGUGAAAUGAGUCAGGUAAGAAAUGUCAUGAUAGAAAAUAUUGACAAGGUUUUGGAUAGAGGUGAUCGUCUGGAAUUGCUGGUGGAUAAAACUGCUAACAUGCAAGGAAACACCUUUCGCUUCAGGAAGCAAGCUCGUCGAUUCAGAAGCACAGUCUGGUGGAGAAAUGUUAAGCUUACGGUUGCACUCAUAGUAAUCCUACUUGUGAUAGUAUAUAUUGUGUUGGCUUUUGUUUGCCACGGGCCUGCGCUACCAUCUUGCAUAUAAGGGAAGGAUCCGAUCGACAAGUGAAUUUUGAGUGUGCUGCUUCCUUGGCGUCUUCAGCUUGCAUAUGUCAGUUUUCUUCUCAGCUUCCUUUGUUUAUAGAGAUUUUCCAUUUGUUCAACUUCGGUUGAAGAUUCUCUA